UAGAUUGGUUGAAAAGACAUGGGUGAUGCUCUGCAGGAGUAGUCGUCCGGAUCCCAAUUAGUGGAAGUCCUCAAUGACUUAUUAAUCGUUGAUAUUGGAUAGGGAAGGUACUGUCUACACCACAAAAUGCUCGGUUGAUGAUUGCUAUCAGUGGCAUUCCCGGAUCAGGGAAGACUUCGCUCGCCCGCGCCAUGGCCGAACGGAUCAAUCAGCUAUACAAGAAAGAACACCCGGAACUACCCCCAAUAGCUCUCGCCGUCCCGAUGGACGGUUAUCAUCUGACACGCGCACAGUUGGCUCAAAUGCCAGAUCCGGAGUUUGCUGCUGCCCGGCGAGGUGCAGCCUUCACGUUUGACCCGGAGAAAUUCCUGAAACUCGUAAAGUCGCUACGAGAAGAAGUGACUCCUGAGACCCCCACUGUCUAUGCUCCCAGUUUCGAUCAUGCGGUCAAGGAUCCUGUCGAGGAUGACAUUGCUAUCCCUCCGACGUCCCGGGUCAUCUUCUUUGAGGGGAACUACUUGAGCUUAGAUAAAGAACCCUGGAACACAGCUGCCAAGCUGAUGGACGAACUCUGGUUCGUGGAGGUAGAUUUUGAGACAGCACGGAAGAGAUUGAUUCGUCGCCAUGUCGCAGCCGGCAUAGCCAAAGAUGAAGCCGACGCGGACAAGCGAGCAAGAGAAAACGAUCUGGUGAACGGGCGAGAGAUUGUGGAUAACAGGAUGAAUGUCCAGGAGAUUAUCUUCAGCAAUGAUGACCGAGCUUGGGACCCAUGAUGGCCUAAGGUUAUCUUAUCGGGUCUGACAUAGCUUUAUGACGGACCAUUAUUUAAUGUAGCCUCCUGACCUAUAGAAUGGACAUGAUGUACAGUACAUCCUUGUUUGACAGCGUUCCAGCAACAGGAGGCUACUAUGUUGUGCAGGAUGUCACGUGACAAGAAUGAAAAGAAUAUUGAUGUCAAGUAGUUAGUUAACUAUACUUUGAAUAUUAUAUAAUUCAUAUGGAAGCAUGA